GGAAGAUGGAAAGGAUGGAUUUUGUCACGGUUCAUUGCCAUUGGCAUUGGUGUUCGCCCUGUUGAAACACACUCUUGACGGCAUUGGAAUGGGAAGAGCUUUGGAGUUUGAAGCAAUUCCGCAGUUCUCUCACUUUCUCACGUUCCUCUCGAAGAUUUCUUAGCACGAGUAACCAUAUUGUCCUCGCCCUCUGAGAUUGCAAUCGUCUUCUGAGCUCCUGCUGGCGGUUGGCUGGGCAAAGCAGUUAGCAAUACAAGCAGCAAGCUGGCAAUGCACAUGGCAUUGCUGCCAGAACCGGAUCUUCCAGACAGAUCCGUCAAGACUGCUGGUCCCUUGCAUCACUACCCACACACCGAUCUCGAAUCAAUCAAGGAGGCAGCCCCGACCGUGCCCCCCGUCUCUCGAUGGGGCCUCGCGCCCUCGUUUUGGGCCCACAUUCCGCUCCUGGCCGCUGAUGUCGAGGCGCUGCAAGAGGUGCCGGGAGUGCCAGGCAGCUUUGCGCUGCGCGGGCAGCCCGUGCGGCGAGUGGAGGUGCUCGGGGUGGCGGUAGAAGUGGAGUGCCGCGACAAGUCUGCGCGCUGCAUAGUGGAUGACGGCACAGGGUUGGUCCCGGCAAUUCUGUGGCUACAGCCGAACGGCGCCAGCAGUGACGCCCCGGAAGACAGCCGGCAUGCCGUAGCGGCAGGCGUUGAAACGGCGUUCGCAAUUAAGGCUGCACACGAGUUGCAGCUGGGGCGGCUAGUGCGGGUGCAAGGCCGAGUGACGCAAUACCGGGGAGUGCGGCAAGUUACGGUCGACGCCUUGCAAGUUGAGAAUAACCCGAACGCCGAAGUACUGCACUGGCUGGAUUGCAUUCGGAUGAAGAAGCAAUUGCGACAGCAACAGCUUUAGUAGCGCGGAUUGAGAUCUCUUUCCGAGCAGAAAUGCUUGAUCAAUAAAUGCGUCCAAGCCGGGCGCCCAGAAGCGAGCGGAGUGCACUUUACGUGCUCCGCUCACAACUGACGGCUGCUUGAAUCAAUACAAAAGUGUUAGGUACGUUGAGGGUAUCUGAUUUGCUUGACGAGUUGUUUGUGAAGCAGGAAAUGAAGAGUAAGGUUUAAAACAGCGUGAAAGACGCUUGAGACAGCAGGUUAGACUGACCAAGGUGAUCGUUUAAUCUUUUUCAUCAACUGGCUUUCCAUACUUUUUAGCGCAACUAGGUUAGGCGUUUGGUCACUUUGAACAGCAUCGCCGUUAGGUUGAGCUGAUACAAUCCUGGCUAAGUAGGCGGGCACAAAUUCAACGACGCAACUCGAUCAGAGACAAGAUAUAUGCGCACUUUAAUGACGAUGGCGGACCCAGCGCAAGUUUGGUGGUGAAUAGAGGCAAUGCAGUACGGCCGGACAAAAUCCAGAAUAGGUAGUGAUGCAGCAUGACCCCCGAUCGACCCGACCUCGCUAGGGUGACGGUGCACAACAUGCAGGCAGGCUUGUUGCACCAGGUCAAGUUAGUGCUCGAUUGUCGAGAUUAAGGCUUGCAACUAAUUGACUGAUCAGUUAAAUCAAUUGGAAUCAAAUGCAC